AGCGGAGACAUCAUCUUCCUUUUCAUCGAUUGAAAAGGAAAUUUUCGUCGGACAUUCUUUUAUUUUUAUUGUGUACACUUAGUCGAUCGUUUACCGCGUUGCAGCGGUCCCAAGGACCCACCGCGGUGGUACCCGGCGCGCCAAUGGCCAUCUCAACCCCUGAACGUAACCCUAGUACAACACCAUUCCCAAUCGAACCGGCAGCACUAGGGAAGGACUGCGCAAGAAAGCUCACCGAGAAGAGCGCACAGGAUCGAAAAUCACAGGAACGGCUAGACUCGUCCUUAGAUGAACUUGAAUGCAUCCAGAUCGAAAGCAGCCAGCCCACCCUGCUGAUAAAGAAGAAUAUCACGAAUAAAGACCUACUCGCCGCCCUGACGGGAAUUAUCUAACAGUAAAACGAAACCAUCACUAAAUUAGGACGCGAAAUCAGAGAGAUUACUGAGCUCAAAACGCGUGUCGGCGACCUCUCAGCAGGAACCCCUGGCAUGCAUAGCUAGGCUUUAGUAGCGGCGGCAGACGAACCUAUAGGAUUAAAUACUACCCCUAGAACAUCAGCAAGCUAUAAACGCCUUAAGGAAGCUGGGUUCUCCCUCUCUGACAUACUCUACUGCACGAUUAACAUCUUAAGAGCGGGAGGUAAAGAUGAUAGGGCGUUAGCAGGCACGGUUAGAGCGGCAGUUAAGAAAGAGAUCUAUAUAAUAGAGA